AUGAUGAAAUAUUUACAAAUCAGUCUAUUCAUUACUAUCGUGGUGGUUGCGGAGAUCUGUUGUGGAGAUAAACGAAUCGGCCCAUGUCCUGGAAUUCCAUUAGAUUCAUGCGAAUGCUUUCAACGUUUACUUGAUGACAAUAUAGACAUUAGCAAUAUGACCGAUAUUGUCUCGCGUAAUUGGGCAAUUAGUCUCUGGUAUCAGGAUAUUAGUCAUUCAUUUCAAAAAUUACUGCAUACUGCUCCUGACAGCACACCUGGUCUUCCUUCUGUUGGCAUAUGGCCGACAAUUGGUGCUUGGGCAUCAAAUGCUGUGGGAUUUAGUAUUCGCCAACAGCCAGUUCCUGAGUUAUGGUCGUAUAUUAUACAGGAUUUACCACAUUUUAUGCAAGAAAUCUUAUCGAAAAUCCCGUUCACUCUCAUGAAUACGUUAUUUAAGGACAUUCUAAAACAUACAUCAGUGGCGCUUGGUGCCGGAAAUGUAUUUGUAUUUCGAGAAAUUGCUGUUGCCUAUGCUCACUAUGGGUUCACAUUCUGUGCUGACAAAACGAGACCAAGUGAUGCGAAAAUGAAUGACUUUGUCAAGAACUAUGUAUGUUCUGAUGGUCAAUGCGAUUUAGCCAACGCAAUGUGGGCGUUGUUCGAAGCACAUUACGCGCCUGAAUCUAUGACGUUUAGUGAACGAGAUCAACUAUUACUUGUCCAAGGUAUGUAUGCUGGAUUGGCAGAACAAACGCAUUUGCAACCGUUUAUCAAUGCGUCUCUUCCUGGGUACACAACAAAUUGGUGUCGCUUAUGGCCGAGUAAAAAUACGACACAAUGCCAGGAUUUUCUCAACACUGUCGUCACCAAGAUGAUGGUACAUUUACUCAUUGGUAAGCAUCGCUUGUUAUCUGAUCAUGAUAUACCUAAAGGAAUACACAAUGGCUCGAACUUCUCGCCUUUUUUGAGUACAUUGUCAUUGCCUCAAGCUCACGAUCUCAUGUUGAAAAUGCUGAAUUCGACAACAUUAGGCUUAGAUCAUACAGCUGCAAAUGAUUGGAAUAGUUUAGCACAACGCAUGCGUUUCGUUUCACCACUUUUCUGGGUAUUUCUCGAUCAUGAAGAUGUCAAUUGUUACCUAUUUUCCGCUGAGCAAGAACUUCUUAUUCGAACGAAUCGGUCACAAUCAAUGGAUCCGCACUCGUGGCUGAAAAUAUGCGAUAAAGAUUGUUGUGCCGAUAAUGGACGAUGGAACGGCGAGAAUAGUUAA